UCCGCAUGCAUAUUCAUCGUAAGGAAGCAAAAAACCACAUUUCCCUAGGUGGAACCAGAUAAAGCUUCCGAUCAAGGAUCUGGGAAAGCAGAAGUCAGACGAGGAGAUUAACAUUAACAUUUGGUUUAAUGUUGAAAACACAUCGUUUUGAAGACUGCUGAGCAUCGCAGUGAACCCCUGACCAGCUGUCCUCCCUGACCCUGUCCACAACCAUGGCGAUCCUGUUUGCAGUGGUUGCCCGCGGGAGCACCAUCCUGGCGAAGCAUGCGUGGUGUGGCGGUAAUUUCCUGGAGGUGACAGAACAGAUCCUAGCUAAGAUACCAUCCGAGAACAACAAGCUCACCUACAGCCAUGGCAGCUAUCUCUUCCACUACAUCUGCCAUGACAGAAUCAUAUAUCUCUGUAUCACUGACGACGACUUUGAGCGGUCACGUGCGUUCAGCUUCCUGGGAGAGGUGAAGAAGCGUUUCCAGACGACCUAUGGUUCCAGAGCUCAGACAGCCCUUCCCUACGCAAUGAACUCAGAGUUCUCCUCCACUCUGAUGGCUCAGAUGCACCAUUCCUCUCCUCCAUCAGAUCGCCUGGCUGAGACUCAGAUGCAGGUUGACGACCUGAAAGGCAUCAUGGUACGCAACAUCGACUUGGUGGCUCAGAGGGGAGAGAAGUUGGAGUUGCUGAUUGAUAAAACGGAGAACCUGGUCGGCUCAUCUGUGAGUUUUAAGACCACCAGCCGUAACCUGGCCAGAGCCAUGUGUAUGAAGAACCUCAAACUGACUGUCGUCGUAGUGGUGGUGUCACUGGUGGUCCUGUAUGUAGUUGUGUCUGCAGCCUGCGGAGGACUCAGCUGGCCCAACUGCAUCAGGAAAUAAGAGAGGGGGAGGAUGAGGAGAGAGGGGGAGGAAAAUAGGGAGCAAGAGAAGACUACAGCGGACCCACAAGAAAGAAAUCGCUCUCCUCCUCCUCCCUCUUGUCUUCCAGUCAGCAGGGAGGAGAGGUCCUCUAUUGGACAGAAUGGUGACGCAACAAGGCAUCCAGACAGUGGAGAUUUAACAACGUUGUGAUUGUCUUGCUUUCUGUUCCUUAACAAGAGAAUGAGGUGUGUUUAUCUGUCCAAAGACAAGCGAUUGUUGGAUACGCAGCUUUAAAAUAUUGUGCAAGUGGAAUUCAGUCCACUGUCCAGUCCAGCUGUCCUCCAUACUGUUCUCCAGUCCAUGGCCCUCAUCCAGGGGUCUACAAGCCUAGCAAACAGCUGUUCUCCAGUCCAUGGCCCUCAUCCAGGGGUCUACAAGCCUAGCAAACAGCUGUUCUCCAGUCCAUGGCCCUCUCAUCCAGGGCUCUACAAGCCUAACAAACAGCUGUUCUCCAGUCCAUGGCCCUCUCAUCCAGGGCUCUAUAAGCCUAGCAAACAGCUGUUCUCCAGUCCAUGGCCCUCUCAUCCAGGGCUCUACAAGCCUAGAAAACAGACUGAUAAUCUGGAGUAGGGUUUACCAAAUGUUUUUACCCUGGGGCCCCCUUCCAGCAUUGGAGAACAUCCCACGCCUCCCUCGGCAUGCGCACUGUGUCUAUUUCUAUUGGUACAGCACUGUUCAUGACACACUGUUCACACCCCUCUUGUUGGUGGAGAGGACAUGUUGCAGGUUUUUAAGCUUAUUUCCUGCAAUUGUACACAUUUUGUCAUGGGGUGCAAAAUAAAUGUUUCAGUUUUAAAGCAA